AUGACUCCAGGUUUAACAGCCUCCUUCACCCUCUGGCCUGUCACCUCUGAUUUUAAAGCCUUCACUUCCAAGAACUGUUGUGGCCAAUUGACAACAAAGCACAAGCUUCUCGGGGCGUCUCGGCACGAGGAACGAACCGAACCACGCACGCCGCAGGUGUCACCCGCUGUGAUGGCUGAAUCCCGGAGGGUUCAGCUGACCACUUUGUCCUGUCAUGUACCUCCAUCCUCUGACCCGCCGGCUGGGGACCAGAGGUUUCCGUCAGGUGUUCUGCCUGGAAGAGAAAACCGUCCAGACCGACCCGCUGACACCGACACGGUGCGACUGAUCCUGACAUUGUUUGAGCCUAAUGAGCGGAGCUUCCCAGAGUUCAGCUACACCCAGCUCACUGACAACAAGCUCAUCCAGACAAAAGAUAAAGACCCACUGAGCAAAUUUGAAGAGGAAGAGAAGAUAGAAACUGAUGAGGUCGCUGCCAUUGCAAGGAAGUUGGAGGAAAAAUAUGGUGGCAAACCCAAGAAAAAGAAGGAUCGCGUUCAGGACUUGAUUGACAUUGGAUACGGUUAUGAUGAGGAGGAUUCUUUCAUCGACAACUCUGAGGCCUAUGACGAAUUUGUUCCAGCUUCCAUCACGACUAAAUUUGGUGGGUUCUACGUAAAUUCGGGCGUGCUGCAGUUUCGCCAGGCUUCUGACACUGAGACUGAGGAUCUCACAGAGGAGAAAACACCAGAGGCCUCAAAAAAACGUAAACUCAGUGGUGGACAGAAUAAGCCAAAGAAGAAACAGUGCAGAGCAGGUGGAGAGAUGAAAAGCAAUAUGGAUCCUGAUUCAAGCGCUUUGCCUGAGAUUGGGCCAAAAGAUGAGAUGAAGAGGAAAAAGAAGAAAAAGGUUGUUGGCACAUUAAGUGUCACAAGCAUGUUGAAGAAGUUCCAAAGAGAGAAGGAGAAGGAACGACAGAAAAUGCGGCAAGCAAAUCAGAAGUUAGCAGGGAUCAUGGGUGUACCCAUAAUCCCUAUGUGCCCGGCAGAUGCAGCCGGCGGUGGAGGCUCAGGGCUAACCGACCCUCUCCUGAGUUUAAUUGGAUCAACCAAUGACCACGCUCUUAUCCAAGCAGCCAGCACAGUGGAUUUUGAUAUUGAUUUGGUCUCUCUGUUAGAUGCCAGUGAAGACACUUUGUCACCAAAAUCGGAUCCUCAACCUGCCGCAGAGACGCAGCUUUUCCAACCCAAAAGAAAUGAUCUUACCCCGAUAAAUGCUGCUAUCACUCAAGCCCAAGCUUCAAACACAAAGACUCAUUUUCAGCCAAGAGCUCAUCCAGAGCCAGUCCAGCUCCCUUCAGAAACCAGUUCUACUUCACCACAUCAGUGUGUCUCCCUGCCAGAGGGACUCACUCCAGGACUGGAAGACAGUAUUCAAAAACUAAUGGCAGCCGCGAGGACCUCAGAGGGGGAGUCGAAACUCAAGUUCUUCACUCCAGAAAUCAACUCAAUCCUGUUAGAUAUUGAGUUGCAGUGUCGGGAUCAAGGUGGCCCGUUGCGCUCCAAGGUGUACACGCACCUGUCAUCCUUCCUGCCCUGCAGCAGAGACACACUCCUCAAGCGUGUGAAGAAACUGUUACUGUCACACAUGAAGGAACCCCCUGAAAUGGAGGAUCCCAUGCAGAAACUUAAGGAGGCCAUCGGCAAAGUUAUGCCUGAACAGACUGCGUGCUACCAUGCAAACUGCCAAGCAUAUGAACAAGUCAAGGCUUCAAAGGCAACAGAGGAGGGCAAACAGAAUGAGGACAAUGUGGAGGAGAGAGGUGGGAAAAGAGCAGGUCCUAAGAAGUUGUUCACAUGGAACGAGGAAAUCAGGGAAUGCUUGUCCCAUGUGUUAAGGCAAAAAAUGGACGGAUAUAGAAAGGAAAGGAAAGGGAGCCAGGAGACAGAAGAGUACCUCAAGACGCUGCUGGAAAGCGACAUCAAACCACUUUGGCCUAAAGGCUGGAUGCAAUCUAGGGUGCUGAUAAAGGAGAGCAGGAAAUUAUUAGGCCUCUUCACUUCAAUACAAGUAAAGAAGGCCAAAUCCCAUAAGAGGCAGUCCUCAAUCAGCGGUGCUUCCACAAUGUCAGACGUUCUCCAGGGAGCUCCACCACUGAAAGGAGAACUCCCCCAAGAACCAGAUGAUGUCUUUAAUGAAGGCUCAGACAUUUCCAAUUCAUUGUCACUUGGUGCUGUGAGGAAGGAAGCUGCUGCCUUGAAAAAGGUAGAGGGUAAAAGAGGAGAAGGGGUGACAGUGAAUGCUGGUCCCUCCACACCUGCAGAGUCGGCCGAAUCUCUCGUCGAUGCCACAUCCACUGCAACUCAUUCACUUCUGGAUCUCCUUGCUGAUCAAGCACUGGCUCGAGAACAACCUCUCAGAGUUUCCCAUGAGCUCCUAGCAGCAGCUGUUGCAAAGUACAAACGUUCAGGUCAGCACUGGAGUUUUGGGGUGGAUACCAAAAGUCCUCCUCUGCCUCCUCCUCCUCCUCAGUCCAGCCCAGUCAGUUUGCACGUGAGUGGGCUAUGUCAGGUUGUUUUGCCCCAGCUACUGCAGACAGGAGACUUCUCCAGACACGUGGAUGCUGACCAGGUGCAGAUCAUUUCGGAUGAUUCUGACAUUAGCAUACAGUGACCGCUACCAAUGCAGACUGGCACACAAUAACACGUGACAAGGUUCUGAAAAACUGUUGUCAAAUACCAACAUCAACAGUGGUAAAUGGCUACCUAGAAAAUCUGCCAAUAUUACUGUCAUGUUAUAAAAUGUGAUUGAGAAAGGAAGAGUU